CUGGCAUCAAUUACAAUGAUGUAUUAUGAUUCAUGAUGUAUUCUUUGGACAAAUCUUUUGGGGAACAAAUGCCAGAGCCAGCCUCUUUCUCCCCUCUAAUCAUCGCAGGUCUUGCGCUUCACUUUGCUGAGGCGCAUUUUUUGGAGACGGCUAGAGUAUCCAUUGGUUCUGUAUUGCUGCCCUGUCAAAAUUAUGGGUUUGGAGGGUUUGAACGUUCAGGCUCAAGACGUAUCGGAGUGUCGUUCUCAAGUGACCACAGUACCAUGGGAUGCAAUGGAAGUACCGUAGAGAUGCCUUCAGGCUAUGAGGAGAGUUCUGUGAUUGCUUGGCCUAACGCGCAAGAUGCGAAGGAUGUAUCCAUCCGCAUGGAAGAGCCCAGAUUGAGUUUCCAUUCCAUGGAGGACCUCAAAAUGGAUGCAGAAUCUUCAAAGCACCUCCCGCCCAUGCGGACGACAUAUGAGCGACACAUGGCGAGGCUUGAGCAGUUUCUCAAGAAGGUGGACCAAGAGAAGCUCAACCAAGCUGUCCGCAGCAAACGCAUCGUUCACAAGGCGAGGCAAGAAAUGCGGUGGGGCAAGCAGGCGACAUGUGCCCCUGGCUCAUUGGUCGAGACUUACGCCUGAGACCAGAACACGCGUGCGCUUUGUUCCUAUGUGAGCAUUGCCCUUCCGAUGAUUGUGGAGGUUGGAUGAGGUUGGUGUUUCAGGUCCGGUUGUAGUCACUGAUGUAAGAGCGUUUCAAUCGGAAUUGAAAUUUUGAUACUCGGAGGUACGGAAAACGAGUCCCCUUGAGGAGGGACUCGCGCGCCUUUAUAUCCGGCUGUUGAUAUUACUCU